UAUUUUUUCUCUUAAGAAAAAAAAAACUACAUUAGUUGCCGUGAUGUUCAUCCCCGGUCACCUUAAACACGAAUUUGAAGAACUUCAGCAAUGCAAAUCUAGAGAUGCAAUUUGCUGUCUUUGUAAAAACGAGGUUUUUUCGGUGGAGGAAGAGUCGAACGCAUUUUACUAUUGUCAAGGAUGUGGAUCCAGUUUCCACAAGGAUUGUCUCACGGUAACUUAUCCAAAGUGCCAUGAGCAUACACUAACCCUCAUUCGUCGAGAUAUUACCUUCCCUUGUGAUGUUUGCGGGUCGGAACCAUAUCCCGAUGAGAUGUACGUAUGUUUACAUUGCGAUUUCUUUGUGAAUAGGCGUUGUAUAUACCUACCGAAGGUUAUAAAGAUCACACGUCACUCGCACCGUCUCUCUCUAGUUCUCCGCAUCUCUGACGGCAAGUUUUGUGAAAUCUGUUGGGAACGGGUUGAUAUUGGGUACGGAGGAUAUUCUUGUAUCGACAAGACAUGCAGUUACGUUAUACAUCCUAACUGUAUGAUUCGCUCAAAUGUGUGGGAUGGCAAAGAUGUUGAAGGAGAGCCUGAAGAAGAAGAAGAAGCGGUUGCUGGCUCUGAAGUUGAUGAUGUUGCGCCGUUGUUGUUGGGGGUGGAGAAUAUAGACGGCGAAUCAGUAUGGCGCCAUUUUAGCCAUGACCAUGACCUAUCGAUGAGAGUAGUGGAAGAUCAAGAAAGUGAGGAGUUAUGUCGAGCAUGUAUUCUUCCCACUUAUAAAACUGGUAAGUUCUUGCGUUGCAAGCAAUGUGGUUUUGCUCUCCACGAAACGUGUGCGAAUCUUCCUCGGAAGAUGGGGCACGGGUUACAUGUCCAUCCCGUAACUCUACAUGUCGAAACUACCGGGGAUGGAUUCUUCACUUGUUCUGUGUGCAACCAAUACUCUUGUGGACUCAUGUCGUACAUAUGUAUCCAUAAAGAAUGUGGAUUCAAAAUGGAUGUAAAAUGUGCUUCCUUCGUCGAGCCAUUCUACCACACUGCUCUCCCAUGUGAUACGUUCUAUCUGGGAGUAGACUACAACAAAGGCACUUGGGAGUGUUACGGUUGCGAGCAACGUUUUUCAGGGUCCACAGCAUCAGCAAGAAACACAGACCGCAUCAUAUUUGACUUUAGAUGCCUGAAUUUACCAGGACUGGUGAAAUACAAGUGUGACGAUCAUCCACUCACUUUAGACUAUGAUUAUAUAGAAUGUAACAAUGGAUGGUGUGAGAUAUGCGAAGAAAGUAUAGAGAAAAACCGAAUUUUCUACACCUGCCACCAAUGCAUCACCACUCUACAUGUUGACUGCAUCUUAGGGAAAUACCCUUAUUUGAAAAGUGGCCACAGGAUCAAAGUGAAUGGUUUCGAAGUUGAGAUUGCUUCAAACGAUGGUGCUUCUCGCCCCAUUUGUCAAACCUGUCACCGUAUCUGCCAAGACAAACAGGUUGUCAAUGGAAAAGAUCAAGUAUGCUUCUGUUCUAUCGAGUGUAUUCCUUCCCGAGCUUGUUCUUAGAGUCGUAAUAAAAUGUCCAAAAUGAUCGAUGAUAUAUAUAUAAUAAUUCUGUGGAUGAAAAUAAAAUUAUGUUUAUGCUUGGACAAGACAAAACCAGUUUAAUCAUAUGUAAUAAUUCUACUUGUUAAAUAAAAUGACUAAUAUCUUAA